ACAGCAACACAAUAUUUAUGUCUUUUUGUUUGUGAAAUAAUAGCAAAACAAAACGUGUGUUAAGGCGAACACAAACUCGAAGCGUGUAGGGUCAUGUGACCCCACCACGUGAUCCGUGGCAGUCAUGGUAACGGAGGGAAGCUCACUUGAAAGAUGGCGGGCGCUAUGCUACUAGCUCGCUCUUGAAAUCGAAUUAAUGCGCCGCAAUAAUAGAUUUUAAUUCAACCAAACGCACCUGACGUGUGUUGUGUGCUUUGAUGUAAGGUCGCUGUCGCGGUGUUGCCAGUUUAGGCUCAAAAAUAAGGACUCGUGUCGGCGUUAGCCUGGUAGCUGACGGCGGUUUCUUGGUUAGCUGGCGUCGCUUCAUCUCCACGGAUGGCUUUUUACGAGGUGUACGCUCACCCUGCGCUAAUUCGCUACAGGACCAGUGUUUGCACGAAAGCCACGCUGUUUGCUCUGGUGGUUCUGUGUCUCACCUACAUCUCUCCGCUGCUGGUCGCCUACAGAAGUCAAGGAUUCUGGCUGAAGAGAAGCUCGUAUGAGGAGCAGCCCGUGGUGAGGUUCCAGUAUGAGGUGCUGCUUGUGGCCGCCACCUCCACUCAGGGACACUACGUGGCCUGGAGCACCUUCCCGCACCUCAACAACAUGCUGGGGGCCAAUCUGCGCAUGUGCUCAGUGUCGGUGCAUGAAGACGACGAGAACCAGGAUGGGAAGUUGGACAAGCUCUUCUUUGAGCUGAAGUUACCGCUGAGAACAGACGAGCAGGUCUUCAGCGUCCAGCUGCUUCUGACCUUCAGCUACCAGCUUUUCCGCAUGUCCACGGUGGUGAUGCAGAGCCUGGCCUUCCUGCAGCACUCGUCCUCCGUGCCCGGAGCCAAGCUCUUCGUCAGCGGGGACCUGAGGCUGCAGCAGAGGGCUCCGCUGCCGCACCGCGGACUCCACAACCUUUACAACGUGUCGGUCAUCGACGGGUCCAGUCCGUUCGCCGGCGCCUACGACCUGGAGGCCAUCAUGAGGAGCUACGGCCAGAGGAACCUGUCCACGCUGCUGUGGGCGCCGGCUCCCGUCUGGACGGUGGGUCGAGCUGCCGGAGCUCCUUUCCAGCUGACGGCAGAGAUCCGCUACCCCGUGGAGGUCAUCAGCUACCGCCCGGGAUUCUGGGAGACCAUCAAGUUUGCCUGGGUCCAGUACGUCAGCAUCCUCCUGGUCUUCCUCUGGGUGUUCGAACGCAUCCAGAGGUUUGUGUUCCAGAACCAGGUCCUCACCAGCAUCCCGGUCCCGGCAGGGAAACCUCACCAGUCCUGACCCGACGGAACCCUGAAAAUGGUGGUCAGAUCGGACUUCAGAUGUGAACUCCGGUGAAGCAGUCUUCACUUCCUGUUAGUCAUCAGCUCGGUGGUUUCCACUUCCUGUAUCCAGUCCCGUUUCCUCUGGCACCCGGAGACGCACGUCUCUCAUUGGAGAAUAAAUUUUGUAC